UUAAGGUGAGGAUUGUUACUUUUUUAUGUUGUCUGUUGUUAAUUUCAAUGUUCUAUGUUUAAUGUGGAUCUUCAGAAUCUGGACGUAGUCUCUGGAGGUUUUUGCUGUAUUUUUUAUUUAAGGUGCCUCAAGUCUUUUGAGUUUUGGACUCAAAUGUUGUGCAGACACUGCGAAUUCUGAAGCUCUGCGAUGUCAUUGAACGCAUCACCACUUCAGGAGCCCUGCGUGUGAUGAUGAUGAUGAUGGUGGUGGUGGUGGUGGUGGUGAUGGAAGAAGAAGAAGAAGAGGAGGAGGAGGAGGGUCAGGACUCAGGAGGAGCAGCAUCGCAGUUUGUGGACGGACUUCAUCAUCUGCUGCAGAGACAGAAGAGGACACUUCACUGCUGCUGCUGCUGCAAUAGUCUUCAUUAUCUUCAUCUUCUUCCUCCUCCUCCGGAGAAAAGCUGGAGCCGGCGCUUCACUGUCCGCUGCCGGACAAGCAGCUCCAGCUCCAGUGGAGCAACAGCGAGAGGCAACCUCCGCCCUGGACCGACGAACUGGCCGAGAUGUCCCGACACAUCUACACCAGACACGGGGCGGGAGAGGCGCUGCAGAAGCCCGUCUUCCAGGCGAACAGAGGGACGUACUCCAGACGCAGUCGACUGAAGAGGUCUGACGGCAGCACCACCUCCACCAGCUUCAUCCUCAGACAGGGCUCAGCUGAUUCGUACACAAGCCGACCGUCAGACUCAGAUGUGUCCCUGGAGGAGGAGAAGGAGGGCGGCCGGCAAGAGAAGGAGCAGCAGGCCACUGUUCAGCUCGAGAGGGCAAAGACUAAAGCGGUGGCGUUUGCCGUGAGGACAAACGUCAGCUACUGUGGAGCGCUGGACGAGGACGUCCCUGUGGCCGGCACCGCCGUCUCCUUUGAUGCCAAGGACUUCCUGCACAUCAAAGAGAAGUACAACAACGACUGGUGGAUCGGCCGCCUGGUGAAGGAAGGCUGUGACAUCGGCUUCAUCCCGAGUCCUUUAAAGCUGGAGAACAUCCGAGUGCAGCAGGAGCAGAAGAGAGGACGCUUCCCCGGUAAUAAAGCUAGCGGGAAUUCCUCCUCCAGUCUCGGGGAAAUGGUGUCGGGAACGUUCAAGCCCAACCCCAACUCUGCAGGAAAGCAGAAGCAGAAAGUGACUGAACACGUCCCUCCCUACGACGUGGUUCCCUCCAUGAGGCCGGUCGUCCUGGUGGGUCCGUCUCUGAAAGGUUAUGAGGUGACGGACAUGAUGCAGAAAGCACUCUUCGACUUCCUGAAGCACAAGUUUGAUGGGAGGAUCUCCAUCACCAGGGUCACCGCUGACAUAUCGCUGGCCAAGAGGUCAGUACUGAACAACCCCAGUAAGAGGGCCAUCAUUGAGAGAUCCAACACGCGCUCCAGCCUCGCGGAGGUGCAGAGCGAGAUCGAGAGGAUCUUUGAGCUGGCCCGGUCUCUGCAGCUGGUGGUGCUGGACGCAGACACCAUCAACCAUCCUGCACAGCUCAUCAAGACCUCGUUAGCCCCCAUUAUCGUCCACGUCAAAGUGUCCUCACCAAAGGUUCUGCAGCGGCUGAUCAAAUCCAGAGGGAAAUCUCAGAGCAAACACUUGAAUGUGCAGCUCGUUGCUGCUGAGAAACUGUCACAGUGUCCUUCUGAGAUGUUUGACAUCAUUCUGGACGAGAACCAGCUGGAAGACGCCUGCGAACAUCUGGCAGAGUAUCUGGAGGCGUACUGGCGCGCCACGCACACGUCACUCAGCCCGCCGCUCAACCCGCUGCUCGGGCGCAAUCUGGGCUCCACCGCGCUGUCUCCGUAUCCUGCCGCCAUUCAGGCCCAGAGAAACCGGAACAGCAACCACACGACCACCGACCACACGCCCGUGGAGCGCCGCAGCUUGAUGCCGGCCGACGAGAACUACCACAAUGAGCGCGCGCGCAAGAACCGCAACCGCCUGUCGUCGGGCUCACAGCACAGCCGGGACCACUCGCCUCUGGUGGAGGAGGACUACCAGGACCCGUACCAGGACCCGUACCAGGACUCUUACAAGCCGCACCGCAACCGAGGAUCGCCGGGCGGCUUCAGCCAGGAAUCCAGGCACCGGCUCUGAGCACGACGAUCUCCACUGACUCUGUGAAACUGUUCUCACAUCUGGACUCUUGACCACCUCGUAUCCAUGUGUAGUUCCUCAUACUCCUGCCAAACUACACACAUUUGAACCCUCAAAAGACUCCGUCGAUGUGAACAAGGGGACGCGAAUGUAGCACAAGGGUUUGUGAGUGCACGAGGUCGUGUGUGUGAGGUAGUGUUACUGUAGCAUGCAGGCGGGGCUCGCGCCAGGCGUCAGGAGCCUCUGGAGCCUCUGGAGCCUCUGGAGCCUGACUGCACGCACCCAGAAGCCGGAGUAGAAGCAGAAUAGAAGCCACUGUCCCCUUUGGUGUGCGUGUUAUUAUUAUUAUUAUUAUUAUUAUUAUUAUUAUUAAUAAUAUCGUGAAAGAGUUUUACAGAUUUGCUUUAAAGUGACAUUGACAAUGGCCGGCGUCCCUCUUGGUGUCCUCUGCAGGAACUCCCCCCCCGCGCGUGCAUUCACCUGCAUCCUUUCUUUGUCAUUUUUCAGUAUAAAUACAUGAAAAUCACGCAUUUCAAAGCUCCAAAGCUCAGGAACGAGACGUAAUCCAGACGGAGGAGUGUUGUGUUGUGUGCUGGCGACAGAUGUAGCGUUUAUGUUCUCACCCGUCUGACGGGGGAUCUGUUUAAAAACUGGUUAAAAAGAUGUCAAUAUUUGAGUCGUUAUGAACUACUGAAGUGAGAGUUCAGGGUUCGUUUGUUUGAAUUGUGAUUGUAUGAGGUACAAACAGCCACUCCCCAGAGGGAACACACACAAAAAAGCUGAUUUUAGAAUAAGUUGCAUGUAAUUCGUGGCCUUUGCAUACAAGAAAAGACGUUGUUUAUCAUUAAGUAAAAAUGCUAAAUCCCUGAAGUUCAUGUAAAAGUCUUUUCUAAGGCUACAAAAAAAGAUUAAACUCAUAUAAACACAUACCUAUGAUUAGUAGCUUCAAACUAUACCAAAACUAUUCAAAUCUACUUCUACUUGAGUCUUCAACACCUUAAAAAAUGUGUUCUUACAGGUAAACCGCACGCUCGCUCUCUUACACCAAAUCCCAUAGAGAAAAUGAGUGUUUUUAGCUCAUAGGUACACAGUAGCUGUCGGUCUACGUCUGCCACCUUUAAUAAGUUUGUGUCACGGAGGUAAAUCUGAACAAAGUUUAUUAAACGCCGAAAUUCACUCAACAACACGUUUCAACAUCUGACAGAGGCAGCCGUGGAUGGACAACUCCUGUGUGCAGUGAUGUCAAAAACGUUGCUUUUCUCUAUGGGGUUUGGUGCAGCGAGUUAAUGGUUUACAAAGAGAGACACAAACAUGAGUUUAUGGUCAUAAUAGGUUGUCUAAUAAUGAGAUAAAGCAGUGAUUAUAUUCUUAGUUUAUCUUAGACCUAUUUUUGUGAAGAUUUGAUGAGGUGAGGGCCUUUUGUUUUGUUUCAGAACCUCAUAAAACAACUCUUCAAAAAACCUGAACUGCCCCUUUAAUAUCAGGAGCUCACAAGAACAAUGGAAGUGGAUUUUAUGGAAUGACUUGCUUUAAACUGAGGGCUUCCAUUUGUAAAUAACAGUCAAAUGAAUGAUCUGAGAAAGGUUAGUUAUUCCUCCAUUCUUAGAAUUUCAUAGAAUCAGUGAUAAACGAUCAGAAAAAAGCACUUGGCAGAACUUUGCUGCGUUUUUUUUAAAUCAGACAAAGUAACUGUCGUGUCCUUGUGUGUCUCGUAAUUUAAUAUUUUGCUCUAAUAAUAUUUAUUUUCUUUUUUUUAACUCGUGCUCUUCUCUGCCACAUACUACAGUAGCUUUUGUUGUCAGAGAUGUUGAAAAACUGCCUGUGAGAGAAUGAAGUCUGUGUGCAUUUUAAAAAACAAAUAAACUGCCCUUAUGCUGUUGUAUUGAUA